GAGCUGUGUCUUUCCAGACAGUUAGAGCUCCAUACCUGCCCAACUUCCCUGAGGAAUUACCAAGAGAACGAGGCAAAAAGAAAAAAAAAAAAAGCAGCUUAGUCAUAUUUGUAUUCUUAUUAAAUGCAGGACUGCCUGAGGCCAACAAGAGCUGAUAUCAUAAUUAUUGGCUUGCCCAGCCAGCUGCCUUCUCUCACCUGAUGUAAGAUCAGAUCCUUCCAGCCUCUGGAGCCUCUGAGCUCCACUCUCUCUCUCUCUGGGCUCUUUGAAUGACCUAAUCCUGUCCUGGAGCAGCACCACGCCGUUGUGCUUCAGUAGAAAGGAUUUCUGCCUUUGGUGAUGGUUUCACUACUCCAGGACCAGUCCAGUAUUAAAUUUUCUCCUUCGGACACUCUGGAAAGGGACCAGCAGGACCUGAUGAAGGCACAGGGGGAUUCAAUAUCCCCAGUUCAGCAGAGUGACAACCCCAGCUACAGCUGCCAGCCCUAUGAGCCAGAGUCCAGGACAGAAAGGACGAGCUCGGAAUCCUCUCCCAGCCCCAGCCCUGCUUCCCCAUGCCAGGACCCCAGCCAGGGGGGGUUCCCUGCCAGCCAAGGACUCCCCUGUGCCAAGAACAAAUUCAGAGCAUCCUUCAGCAGCGAGAGAUUCCGGCGCUGCAGCUACGAGGAGAACCCUGCCAGCAGCUACGAGCGCUUCCUCAAGAGCACCAGGAACCCCUUCCACCCCUACAAGAGGCAGAUCAGCGAGGAUGUUUUCCAGGAGGCUCACCAGGCCCUGCCACCAGAAGCUUCUCCCUUCAAAAGGAGCAUCGAUGGCUUCGAGGGUCUGCCAGGAUCUGCUGAGGAGCCGGAGGCGUUUCCCACCCACAUCCCAAACAUCUCCGGGGAGCAGCCGUGGUGUGACAGCCUCCAGUACAGCAGCCCGGGGCAGGAGCACGGCUCUCAGCUCAUGCAGGAUUCAGACCUGAAGCUCAGGACAUCCCCCCUGGAAGGGCAGCCUGGCUUGUACUGCUACCAGCCCCAGGUGCAGCAGAUGUAUUGCUCCUCACAUCCCUUCCACCAGUACCCCUCAGGAGGCAGCUACCCCGUGACUUACAUCGCUUCCUCGCACUACCCCUACCAAAGGAUUGCUCCUCAAAGCAGCCAAGAGUCUCAGCAGCCUCUGUUUCCCAAACCCAUCUACUCCUACAGCAUCCUGAUCUUCAUGGCUCUCAAAAACAGCAAGACAGGGAGUUUGCCAGUCAGUGAGAUUUACAAUUUCAUGACAGAACACUUCCCUUACUUUAAGACAGCUCCAGAUGGUUGGAAGAAUUCCGUGCGCCACAAUUUAUCUUUGAACAAGUGCUUUGAGAAAGUUGAGAACAAGUCAGGGAAUUCUUCUCGGAAGGGCUGUUUGUGGGCUCUGAACCCAGCCAAGAUUGACAAAAUGCAGGAGGAGCUUCAGAAAUGGAAGAGGAAAGACCCAGUUGCUGUGAGGAAGAGUAUGGCAAAGCCAGAAGAGCUUGACACCCUGAUAGGCGACAAGAGCGAGAAGCUGCGCUCGUCCCUGGUGUCGUGCAGCCCGACGGGCGCUGCAGGUGCCUCCCUCUCCAGGCAGAUGGCAGCGCAAUCCCAUCCCUUGUGCGAGCCCUCGCUCUCCUCGGGCAUCCCGCAGGGCUUCCACGGCAUCCACGCCUCGGCAGCCCUGCCCGCCAAGAGCCCCCUGCCCGCUCUGCUGGGGGGGCAGCAGCCCGGCUGCUACGCAUCCCCCCAGGGCUUCCCCCAGAUCCCCACGGCGCUGCUGCAGCACACGCCCGAGCCUCCGAGCCUGUUCCCUGCUGGGGAGGCUCAAAGCCAGCUCCGGACUCAGCCCAGCAUCCCUCAGGAUUCCCCAGUGCCGGCUCAGAGCCCCCCGAGCUGCGGGAUGAAGAUGCUGCCCGAGCAUUCUCCCGCCAGGACGGUGCAGGACACGCUGCUGCAGGAGGGAGACCUCAGCAAUGACAUCGAUGCUCUCAACCCAUCCCUCACUGAUUUUGAUCUCCAAGGGAAUCUUUGGGAGGAGCUGAAGGACGACAGCCUGGCCGUGGAUCCCCUUGUCCUCAUUUCAUCAUCCCCGCAGUGUUUUCCCUCGCACUGCCAGCUGGAGAGCGGCGGCGGCGCGCCCAGCGCGCACGGGAGCGCGCACGGGAGCGCGCACGGGAGCGCGCCGGAGCUGCAGCUCACCACGCUCUACUCGGCCUUCAUGGAGCUGGACACGGUGUCCCCGUCCUACCUGAGCAACAACGCCGGCUCCAAACCCAUCGCCCUGAUGUGAACCACAGCCCGGAGGCAUCGCCCGGCACUGCCCACGGGAACAGGAAUUUUAUCUCUUUUUUUUUUUUUUUUUCCCAGAACUCGCCCGCAGGAUAUGUAGCUUUACCGUGAUGAUUUUCUACAGACUGAUGUAAAAACAAAACAAAACAAAAAAAAAUAGAAAAAAAAUGUAAAAUAUUAUUUAAAGAGAAUAUGGUUAACAGCUGAACUUGUCAACACCAUUUUAUCAAGCCACUCAUCUUCUUCGUCUUCCAGAAAUAAGAGGAAAACAAAUUCUUGACCUUUUUUUCCCCUCUCUUUUUAUUUUUUUUUCUUUAACAAAAGCUGCUUGCAAAUGAACACAGAACUCACAGCACACAACCAUUUAACUUAUUUCUUGGAGCCACUGAUGGCAACAACAUCCAGCACAGAUCACUCAAAAUAUAAAAUCUGCCUAUUAAAACAUUCAUAGUCCCCUUGAAAGAAGUUCUGGGUUUUGGUAAAUGUGAACUGAAAAUUCUGCAAGUAUUAGAAGAUAGAGGACAAGCUGCUGACAGACUAAACCAAAGCAACAAAUAUACUUCAGUGGAAAAUAUCAAAGUUUUACUGUAUUUAAAAAGAAAUUUUAAACUCUGCUUUUUUAAUAAAAAAGAACAAAACUA